GCGCGCGACGCUUGUAGUGUUGUGUCUGUGUGCGUGCUACUACUGAGAGGAGACUGCGAUGCCACACAAAUGCACAGUCUGGAUUUUAAAUAAGCGGCAUUUAAAAUGAAGAGGCAAAUACCUGUGAAGAAAAUAUCUUAAGUAGCAAGUCAAGAAGAAGCCAGCGUGUGUUUGUGUAUGAAUGAAGAUCCAUAAGCCAUGUCUUUUACCUCCAAACAAGAGAGGACGGUGUGUGUCCUCCUUCCCACCAAAGAGACACUGGACAUCAAAGUGGGGCUGAAAGCAACAGGUCAAGAUGUGUUUCAGCGUUUAUGUGAGCUUCUCGGGGUCAAGCAGCUGCACUACUUUGGACUGACUUUAGUGAAAAACAAUGAGUACAUUUUUUUGGACCUGGAGGAGAAACUUGCCAACUACUUCCCCAAGGAGUGGAAACAAGACUCAGGGAAGGGGUCGCAGAAGAGGUCAAUACCACCCCUGCUCUGUCUGAAGGUUCAGUACUAUGUGGAGAAUGGCAGACUCAUCUGCGAGCGUAAAGCGAGGAAACUUUACUACCAUGACCUGCGUGAACGUGUCCUGCGAUCAGAAUGUAGGCAGCAGGAGGAAGUGUACUUCCAGCUCGCAGGAUACGCCCUACAGGCCGAGCACUUUCAGCACUUCUCAGACGGUCACAGUCAGGGACACGCUGCGUAUUUCCAACCCAAAGAAUACUUCCCUCCUUGGAUAAUUGCAAAGCGUGGCGUUAACUACCUGCUGCGUCACGGGCCCAAGGUUCAUAAAGAGAUGUGGGGGAUGUCUUCGCGUGACGCUAUCUUGCUGUUUAUCAGAGAAUCGUGUCGUCUGGAGGAUGUCCCAGUCACCUUUUAUCGCCUACAGAAGGAUAAGAAAGAAGAGAAAGGUUCAGCCCUUCUUGGACUCACGCUCAGAGGAAUGCAAGUGUAUCAGGAAUUGAACAAUGUACGUGACCUGCUCUAUGACUUCCCCUGGUUUCACGUGGGACGACUCACAUUUCUGGGGAAGAGGUUUGAGAUCCAGCCGGACGGUUUGCCCUCUGCCAGGAAGCUGGUGUACUACACGGGUUCAGCCUUUCGCUCUCGACAUCUUCUGCUACACUUAAGCUCCUGCCAUCGACUGUAUCUCAGCUUGCAACCUGCUCUCAAACACCUGCAACAGCUGGAGGAGACAGAGGAGAAGAAGAGAUACCGUGAGUCAUACAUCAGUGAUGAACUGGACCUGGAUCAGCCCUGCAGUGAGGGCAGUCCUCACCUCUCCCGACACUCCACCAGCAGCUCCGGCAUUGAGGUGGACACCAGGCAACGCAGCGUCUCCGUGGAGAUGGUUUCCAUGGAGGAGAAGGAGAAGUCUUUCAUCUCUGCCGUCAGUCAAGGCUCUUCUCACACCUCUGACGUUGACACGAGCAGCAAAGCCCAGGCUGAUGAGGAUGAUUGGCACGAGGAAGAUGAGCCGGGUGAAGUUUCUGUGGACGACCCUGAGGAUAUCUUACGAUUGGCUAAGCUACUGAAGGGCGUUUCUAUUGACCGUCCCACCAACCAAUCAGACACUGAUUUUGAAGGUCCCCGAAUGACUUCAGUUAAGACAGAUGAUGAGCAAACGAUCCUUUGUGUUACUGACAGCGAUGAACAGGUUUGGAUUCAGAGGACUUGUAACCCAGUCAACCGUCAGAGUCUGAGCCUGGAUGAUGUGCGGCGGUUUUCACCUCUCGUACCACUAGGAACGGCAUCGGUUCUUGACACCUGCCACAGCUACACGUUCGGUCUGCCCAACUCCUCGAGCUCUCCGACCAGUUCCUUUCCAGACAAACCUUCAUUUAAUGCACAGCGUGCCACGAACUGCCUGUCACUGGAUCAGCUGGAGGAUAACCAGCCAUUGGAGCUUGUCUUUUAGAAGAAAUAGAGAAACAGACAGCUGAAGGAAAAUAGAGACAUUCAUUUUUAAGACUAAACCUCACAAUGUGUUAAUAUGCAUUCAGCAGCCAUACAACACAAUUGUGGGUUGUUUACAGAUUAAAGUAUUCUGCAGAACUUUGUGUGGUACUUUAAACCGUACAAGGACUGACAUCAUAUGAUCGCAACAAACGACAGGACGUUUCACAUGAAGGUCUAAGACUUGGAUGAUCUUUCUCUGAAAUGCUUUAUAAAUAAAUGCAAGUGUUUGGCCUCGGGUGCAGCUUAUAAAUGAACACGAAUGAGAUUUCACAAGCUGUGCAUCUUGUACUUUUACAUUGUCAGACAUUCCCUCAAACACAACAUAAAGCCCAUUUCAUUUCUUUAAUGUGCUGCAUUUUCAAGAGGAAAAUAAUGAACUUGUGGGCUGGAUGUGCAUUGGGAAUUGAUUGACAAAUUGUUUGUUUGCAUUCAGCAUCAGAAUAAAGCCAGAGAUAAUUAGUCAUAGCUUUCUGCUUAAUGGUUAACGUCAUAAUCCAAUAGUCCGUGUGACUUCACUGGAGUGGUAUUAGAGAAGCAAGUUACUACAUGGUGAUUAUGUAAUUGUAAUUUUUGGCUUUUUUAAAUUGUUAUAUAUUUUUUAUUAUUUUAAUAAUCUGUACUCAUUUUACUGAAUUACAAAAUGUUACAGGACAUAACUUUUAGUGCUGCAUAAUAACUAAUCGUUUGCAGAAUAAAGGUUUAUAGUGUGUGUAUAAUAAUUCUGUAUAUAUAAAUACACACACACACAUGCAUGUAUAAUAUUAAGAAAAAAGUAUGUGUAUGUAUGAUAUUCAUAUUUAUAUAUAAUACAAAUUAUAUAUGAAUAUGAAUAUUUAUAUAGACAUGUAAAUAUUUAUUAAAUGUGUGUGUGUGUGCGUGCAUGUCUAUAUAUACAGAAUUAUUAUACACACAUAUAUGAUGUAUACAAAAACUUUUAUUCUGCAUGCGAUUAGUUGUUAUGCAGGCCUAAUAACAGUAUAAUAUUAUUUUCUGUAAAAGUGUCUUAUAGCUGAAAGUCAAGAUUUCCUAUUGUCCAAAUUAGUGGCAAUUCUGUUACGGUCAAACUCAGUCAAUAUAAAAUAAAACAAUUGUUAACUUAAUGCAUGUUUUAGUUCUCAAUGUUGCACUUCUUUUUUUUUAAAUAUAUAAAAAUUUAGCCCUUAACAAUAUAUGUCAAACUCUGUUACCAAAGUAGAGUUGUUUUAUUUCAUAUUGACUUUGUUUUUUAAUGCUUUAAUUCAUACUAUUACAUGUAGAAUGUCUAUAUAUACAUAUUGCAUGUAUGAAGUCAAUAAGCAAGUUGAAUGGUUAUGUGAUACCCAUAAGAAAUCAUGUUUACCUUUUAAGUGUCUUUGAAUUUCUAAUCAUGAUAAUCUUCUUGUAUAAAGACUCACCGGUCCUGUUUUAAACAAUCACUGUGUUUAGAGACACCUGCUAUAACCAGUGAUCAGGAAGUGAAGGUCUUUUAAUGUGUUUUUCAUACAUGAACAGUUGGUUUUCAGUAAUAUCAGAUAGUUUUGUUUUAUUCCUGUGUCUGCAGAACUUUUGUUCAUGAUAAAUUGAUGUCUUUUUUAUUUCACUUACUGCAAAGUACAAAUCAAGCCCUUAAAGGGUGUGCACAUAAUGGUGAGUGUAAUUGCUGCAUUUAUGUAUUAUAAUCACACAUCUUAUAAAACAUACACAUGUUCCUUUCAGUGAAAGGAAAACACUCGAAUUAAAUAAAAAAACUGCUGAAA